AUAGAAGUCUUUGCGUCAAUAAGCAAGAACAUCAGGGCAUUUUCGUACCAGGAAAGCCAAAACAGCAGAAAUUGCUGCAAUUAGAUGAUCAGAAACCACACCGACGCUGUGCUUCUAACAACAAAGAAAAUUCUACUUGUGCGUGUGCUGUUUUUCAUUUUGGUAACAGAAAGUUGAAAAAUGAAAAUGGGAGCAAUCACCGUAAUUAAGGGAUGGUCCGCAAACUGCAUGCUAUGUUCCAUGUUCAUCUUGUACAUACCAGUACUGCUGUGUUCCUCUCAUGUUUAUUGUGCUGAUAGAGUUUCUUUGAGGUAUGGCGAGUGGAUUAAAAACCAUGAAGAAACUCUAGUUUCGCCUGGAAGAAAGUUUGAAUUAGGAUUCUUUAGUCCUGCUGGAAGUUCUGGCUACAAAAGAUAUGUUGGAAUAUUGUACAAGUGGGAUAAGCAAACAGUUGUAUGGGUUGCCAAUCGAGAUGACCUGCUUAUUAAUACUACUGCUGGAGCUUUCAGAUUUGCAAAAGAUGGCAAUCUCGAGGUGAUGGAUACGAGUACUGAGAAGGCUCAUUGGAAUUCGGAAUGUUAUAAUUGGGGUGAAUCCUGCAAUACUACAGACACGAUUGUGAAUCUCACGGAUUCUGGAAACCUGGUACUAUACGGAUACUCAUCCGAAUAUGGUAAUGUGACAAGUUUAUGGGAGAGCCUUGAAAAUCCAGCUGAUACGUUUCUUCCAGGCAUGACGCUGUCGUUGGAUGGAAACUUUAAUUUGACUUCUUGGAGAGGCCGUGAUGACCCUGGAAGCGGGAACUUCACGUUUAUGCUAGAUGCAGCCGGAAAUCGGAACGCAAUAGUCGCCAACAAAGAGGGGACGACGAUUUAUUGGGAAACCUCGGUUGGUUUAUACACUUUCCUCACAACAACGGAAGUUCAAAAUGAUGCUGAUUUUGAGAAUGCAAGGUUGGUGAUGAAUUUUACUGGGAAGAUAGAGUAUUGUGUACAGAACACAAACGGGACAUGGUGCUUGUCCGAUGCGGAGCCGAGCAACAAUUGUAGCAUGUAUAAUGCUUGUGGAAAUUUUGGUAGCUGUAAUUUAAACAAUAAAUUGAAAUGCAAAUGUUUGCCAGGGUUCAAGCCAUAUGUUGCUCAGAAGUGGCAUUCUGGAGAUUUUUCAGAUGGGUGCACAAAAAAUUCGGUGUCCUGUGGCAACACCUUCUUGAGCUUAAAGAUGAUGAAGAUAGGGAAAAACCUAGAACAAAGGUCUUGGGUUGAAAACGAAACAGAAUGCAAAGAGUUGUGACUUAAACACUGCGACUGCAAGUCUUAUUCAUAUAAUCGAGGCUCAGAAAUGCCAUGCUGGAUUUGGAAGCAGGAGUUAGUUAAUCUUCAAGAGGAGUAUGAAGGUGGUUAUAACAUCUCCAUCCGUGUAGCAAUUUCAGAUAUAGAAAAUAGACAAAUUGACCAAAGAAAUCGAGUACAACGCAUUUUAUAUAGUGAAAGCUAUGUCCAAGACUUAAUAGAUUCAGGUGAGUUCCAAGAAGAAGAUGAGAAAGGAAUAGAUGUACCCUUUUAUGAUUUGGAAAGCAUACGAGAUGCUACUAAUAACUUCUCAGAUGAAAACAAGCUUGGACAAGGAGGCUAUGGGCCUGUUUACGAGGGUAAGCUUCCAAGUGGUCAAGAAAUUGCUGUAAAGAGACUUUCAUUUGUCUCAGGUCAAGGUCUACAAGAAUUUAAGAACGAGGUGGUAUUACUUCAGCAUCGGAACCUUGUUAGACUAUGGAUAUUGCAUAAAAGGGAAUGAAAAGAUUUUAAUUUAUGAGUACAUGGCUAACAAAAGUUUAGACUUCUUCUUAUUUGGUUGGCUUCUAAACCUAUUUCCUUUAUCUACUAUCCAUAUUAUGUUAAUUUUAGUUCUUAUUUUAGUUGUUAAAAUUAUUUUUUGAAAUGCGAAAUGGAAUUAUGGAAAAACACAAGAUCAAAAGCAAAGCACAUUUUUGGACUGGGAGAUGCGUUACAACAUCAUUUUGGGAAUUGCUCGAGGGCUUCUUUAUCUUCACCAAGACUCUAGAUUAAGGAUCAUUCAUAGAGAUUUGAAAACUAGUAAUAUUCUUCUAGACUAUGAAAUGAACCCCAAAAUAUCUAACUUUGGAUUGGCGAGGAUUGUUGGUGGAAAACAAACGGAGGCAAACACAACAAGAGUAGCUGGAACUUAGUAUGUUUCCUAUACACAAUAUGAUUGUUGUAGCUGAUUAUUUAUGUAUUAUGGCAAAUCUUCAUUCUACUAACUUUGUUUAGAUAAUAUGCACAAAGAAGUUUCUUGCUAAUAUCAUAAUUUAUACAAUUGUUGUGAUGUAAUGACUAUAUGUCUCUAGAGUAUGCGUUAGAGGGAAUCUUUUCAAUCAAAUCUGAUGUUUUUAGUUUCAGUGUAGUUUUACUUGAGAUUAUAAGUGGAAAGAAGAAAAUUGGUUUUUAUCAGUCAAAAGAAGCAAUGAGCCUUCUAAGUUAUGCAUGGAGAUUGUGGACGGAUGACAGCUGUUGGAUUUAAUGGACGAGACCCUACGAGAAACUUGCAUUGCAGAUCAGUUUGUGAAGUGCCUAAAUAUUGGUCUCUUAUGUGUAUAACAUGACCCAAGUGAUCGCCCCACCAUGUCAAUUAUUAUCAAGAUGCUUGAUGGUGAAACUGUGAACCUUCCAACUCCCAAACAACCAGCCUUUUCCAUAAGGAGAGACCAAUCCAGCUCAACUUCUUUUAGUAGACAGGAAUCAAAUAAUGAACUAACGAAUAGUCUAGAAGGACGAUGAUGCAUGGUUA